AUGUCCGCCACCAUCGACUACAACGAGUUUCUCGAUUACGACGACGAAGGCUUCGGUGCCCCGAGCCCGAUGCAGAAUUUCGAUCUGUCCAACCCCGACACCCUCAAGUUCCUGGAAUCAUCCCAAUCGCUACACGAAACGAAGUCGCUCGAGCCCCAGGCCACUCUGUUGGCCAACGGAACCGUCGCCGCUGGUUCUCCCGACUCCAUCGUCGACUCGUUCCGAGACUCGUCCUCCGAUUCUGACUCCUCCAAAAGGACCGGCAGCUCCGCCUCCGGGAAAACUGCCUUGACAGCCGGCGACGUGAUGAUGACAGAUGGAGCCGAUAUCAAGCCUGACUGGGAAUCCUCGGCGGCCUUCGUCGGCCGCCCAGAGGAUAGUGUCUAUCUCUUUGGCGCGAAUGCCGACGCGACCGCCUUGCCCGACCUCGAUAUUGGCGCCGACGAGUUCAUGAACGAUUCAUUCGACUUCGAGAGCGCCUCCAGCAGCCCAAAUGCCGUCGGAAGUGCACCGCCCGCCAACAUGGAAUCGCCCGAGAUGCCCACCAUUCACACCAACGGCCCGCAAAAGCCACCUGCGCCCAGCAAUACCAGAACCAAGAAUCACGCCAAGAGGAAUUCGCAAUUCUCCAUAUCACAGCCUAUGAAUGGGCUGAAAAUGACCAACUCGAGGGAGUGUUCACCCAUGUCUCAGUCCAUGAUAACGAGCCACGAGGCUUCGCCGUCAGCCUUCUUCAACAGCUCGCCGUCGCCGGGCGCGCCUCCAGACUUUACGAACGCCGUCGCGAUGAACGCCAUGAACCCGAAUGGAUUUUGGCCAAAACUGGAUCCGGCAGCGCAGCACCAAAUGGUACCCCAGAACAUGUCACUGCCACCGCAGUUCCAUACGCACGAUGGUCUACCGGUCAUGCCUCAACAUAUGCCCGUGUUCACUCAACCCAACUUCGACUUCGUCAAUCGCCAGCCACGGUUGACGAUUCACCCGACACCGAACAAAUCCCGCGUCGAGACCCAGAUUCCCAUCAAAUUGACUCUUUACCCGCUCCCUCAGGGCAUCAAGCGCCUGCACCUGCCCACACACACCAUCUCGAAGCCCAAGUUGCUAGCGAAGCCACCAGCCGAGCGUGCUCCCGACACUCUGGAGCUACACACCAUGUUAGUGUGCACUAGUGCGAUGACAAGCGAAGACAACCGGCGCAAGGCCUUCCAGCGCGCCGCCGCCGCAGCCGCCACUCGCAGUCCCGUCAUGAACGCCCGAUCUGCUAGCGACGAGGACGAUGAGGAGAACAAGCCGCAAAACGGAGGCGAGGUCCGUAUCUGCAACGGCUGCAUCACACGUGAACGGAAGCGGGCCGCAAGGAAGAAGAUCAAGAAGGUGGAAGAGGAGGAGAUGUGGAGUCGAGACGAGACGAGGCGCGUGAUCGUCUUUAACACGCAGGAAAUCAAGGAGUGGCAGACCCCUAAUGGUGUCGUGUCGGACUCUACGGUCACUGGGCGGCCGGAGCCGGUGGCUCCCGUUGGAGCGAUGCAAGUGGAUGCGCCGAUGAGGAUUGCGUGUUACUGCCGCCAUCACGCUGAGAAGCAGGGUUUCCAGGUCAUUUUCACCAUCACGGAUUGGCAAGAUCGCGUCGUCGCACAGGAAAUGUCGCAGUCGAUCAUGAUCACCGACGACCACAAGACUCACCCGAUCCCGCACCUAAACACACCCGCCACACAGGGCUCAGAAAACAGCAUUGUGCCCAUGAUGAGCACGCCGUUGGACACAAGCCCGCUCAACUCUGGAGGCGCCCCCUUCCGACUGUCACACUCGAGUUCAGAUCUGCAGAACCUGCACCGCAACGCCCCUCCGGCUCCGUCGUUCCCCGUUGCAAACCCCGCGACCAAGCCGCCGGCGCCCGCACCUUCAACAACAUCUGCUCGGUCCUUGUCCCGGCCGCCGUCCCCGAACGCACACCCAGGGCCGAUGACGAAGAAGCGCAAGGCCAGCGGGUCGAGAGUGCCCAUUGGCAUGGCGAUGACCCGUCUCGAUACGACGCCUCCUCCUACACAGAUGCCUGGAAACCCGGUACCUCCUCCCGCUGUCCCUUCUGCUUCGACAUCACCUUUCACUCCCAACCUCACCAACUUCCAAAGUCCUCCUGAUGCGGUCUUCCAGAACGGAGCUCCUCCCGCUAUGCCUCAGCCGUAUGCUACAGGUCCCCCCACCCCCAACAGCAACGACCAGACAAUGUUCACCAACGCGAACCGGUCUGCCAGCAUGGAGAACAUGUCGAUGACCAUGUUCUCAGCCCCAGCUUCGGCUCAUCAAAGUCGCGCGGCCAGCCCUAGUAGGCUAACGAAUGGCGUGAGCGCUGUGCCGCAAGGCCAGUUCAACGCCAUGUCGUUCAUUCCUACAAAUGUUGCUCCUGCCCGGCCUCAGCCGACCAUUCAUAAGAUCAUUCCCAACGAGGGACCGAAAUCUGGUGGUAUCGAAGUCACCAUCCUCGGUGCGAGCUUUUACCAGGGCUUGGAAGUGCUGUUUGGAGACCAAAAAGCCACCACCACCACCUUCUGGGGCGAGUCGUCUUUAGUCUGCCUUCUGCCGCCAUCACCCGUCUCUGGUCCUGUGGUGGUCACUUUCAAGCAGAGCCAGACGCAAGCUGGACAGCCGUUCCCAGCUCUCUCCAAGCAGAACCAAGUCUUCAAGUACGUUGAUGACGACGAGGAGAAACUUAUCCGCACGGCGCUGUCAAUCCUUGGUCACAAGAUGUCCGGCCAAAUGGUUGACGUGAAGGAACUCGCGCAACGCAUCAUUGGUCAGGGAGACUCGAGCUGGGGUUCUUCCGGUGGCUCGAACAACGCUGGUUUCGGCGGAAACACCUUCAACAUGAGCACCGAAUCUCAACUAUUGAAGCUGCUCGAGCUGAUUGAUCUCGACGACAACCCGAGAAUGUCUCGCCUGGAUCUGAGGAGAAGUACCGGCCAAACAAUCCUCCACAUGGGGUGUGCUCUGGGAUACCAUCGCUUCGUCGCAGGUCUGCUCGCCCGUGGCGCUAACCCGGAUUUGCGGGACAAGGGCGGGUUCACCCCGAUGCAUUUGGCGGCCUUGAACGACCACGAGUCGAUUGUCCGUAGGCUGAUGCAGGCCGGCGCCGAUCCCACCAUCCGAAGCCUUUCGGGGCUGCGGCCGGCUGACGUUGCUCGGUCGCGCAAGGUGGUUGAGCACAUCCGUCGCUGCGAGCGUCACAUUCGGUCUCGCAGCGGAGGCUCGUUGCACAGCCGAGCAAGCAGUGCCGCAUCACUCAGGUCUCUCUGGGAUCCUUUGAGCAUGUCCAGCGAAUCUGAAUCGGCUGAUGACGGCGAGGAGAGCCCCGAGUACUCUUCCGGAGACUACGAAGACGAGGAGGAAGAGGAGGAGGCCUGGCUCGAUAUGCGCCGCCGCUCCAGCGGUCACGCUUUCACGCCUCGUCCUGACCGACAAACUCUUCAAGGAGGCCAUGACGAAGUGGAGCCUGGCCUUGCGUCGCCUACGACCGCCAUAGCUUCGGCAGUCAGAGACCAGUUUGCUGCUCAGAUUCAGCAGUUCCAGCAGGCCAUGGCUCACUUCCCCAACCUCCCACAGAUGCCAGCGCUACCAAGGAUGCCUAUGCUUCAAGACUACCAGGCAUACCUCCAGCAAAACCAGUUCAUGGGCAGAGUCACAUCAUUGAUGCCUAGUAUGACUGCAUCAAGGCCUGGCUCAUCUGACGACGAGAACCCGAGACAGAUUGACGGCCGCUGGUGGGACUUGUCAUCAUACAGGACAACCAACAACAACUCGGCCCCUCCACCGGCGUAUGACGAGAUCUACCCGCAAGAGGAGCUCGACAGGAAGCAAGCAGCCGCUCUUGACGCUGCUGCUGAGGCCGUUGCCGAACAGCAAGCCGUGUACGACGCGGAAGCUGAGACGGAGACUGCGGAAGCAUCCUCGAGUAUGGCACCAAUCCCGAGCGUACUCAAGAUUGGACGCAAGAGUGCCAUCACAAAAGAGCAACAACAGAACUUCCUCCGAGCACGAGAGGCCAAGUUCAAGGGAAUGCGUAGCGACAAGAACCUGUGGUUUGUUUGGAUUCCACUGCUUACCUGUAUACUGGGCGCUAUGCUGUACAGCCGGUUCCCGCACUACUUUGCCAUGGCCUGGGCCAUGGUUCGCUCUGCGACACAGUUUGAGCAAGUUCCUGAUGUUGUCAGGAACGUGCAGGACCGUGUCGUCGAGGUCCUUUAA